AUGGCACUCGGGCCUCGCUGGCUUGCGUUCCCGUCAGCCCUGGACGAGCGCCAUGCAAAUGGCUUUGCCGCGUCGUCAACAGCGACGUUUACCGCGCGCGACGACUACUCGCUCACAAACGUGGCCCAAGGCGUGGCUUCAAGUCUCUACUUUCUCUCCCAGGUCGGCCGCAAAUCGCUCUCGACGUCGUUUGCAGCGACUUCGGACGAGACGCGCGAUGUCGGGAGCGUCGUCGUGCACGAUGUGGUCCACGGCGCCAACCUCGUCCAGUUCAAGGCGCACGACUCGCCCAUUACAACGUUGACGUUUGACCCGAGCGGCCAGUUGCUCGUCACGUCCUCGAAAAAAGGACAGACGCUGCACGUGCAUCGGCUCCUUGGCGACGACCACGUUCUCUUGUACAAGCUCCAGCGUGGCAUCACGUACGCGCGGAUUCACCACGUGAGCAUCUCGGUCGACGCCAAGUGGAUCGCUGUCACGUCGCUUCGAGGCACGACGCACGUGUAUGCGAUCUGGCCCCAGGGCGGACCCGUUGACGGCCACUGCCACGCCGACAUGGACUAUGACGACGCGCCUCAGGUGGCGGCGUCCAAGGCCGUCGCGGUCCUCGAGCAGCAGGCGCGGGACCUCGGCCGACCGAGUUGGUCGACAGAGAAGAUCCAAUCGCUGCUGCGACUGCGACACACGACGCCCAUGAACAACACGGCGACGGCGUUCCAAUACGACGACGACGACCUCCCGGCCCUGCACUUGCAGUGCCAAUGGGGACCUAACAACACCCUCUAUGUCGCCAACGCGGGCACGCUCAAGACGAUGCAGCUCCAGCCCAAGCUCUCGGUGCUCGAGACCCAAAGCUUUGCGCUCUCGGCCGAAAUGACACAACUGCACAGCGUCGAUCUGGAGCAUCGGCCGACGCAUCCCGUGGUCCAGAAUGUGACGUCAACGAGCCCGACGCCCGCACUUUCCAGUGUCGAAGUCAAGACGCACCACCGUCCGAGCAUUCCUCUCUGGGCGCACCCCAAGAUUACGUUUCGCGCCGUGCGACAUGCCGAUGGCUCGUCGCGCGUGCUAAGCGUGCGACGUCUGGGCCCCGUGCCGCUGCCAACGGACGCUGCGGACAAGGUGCACGAGCGCGUCACCCAGGGCGAAAGCCCCGUGUUUGACGGUGCCGCCAAGCCCAAGAAACAGCACCAUCUUGCGGUGCCGACACUCGACUUGGCAGCGUCCAUCUCCAAGGCCGUCCAGAGCAGCGUCGAGAUUGCACCGAUCGACGACCACGGCCUUGAUGCGGGCGUGCAAUCGCUCAACCUCGCGCAUAUUCAAGACACAUAUUUUGCGAGUCCGCCGUUGGCGCCGCUAUCGGACCUUGUGAGUGUGCACGUCUUGCCGCCCGUGCUCUCGGACGGGACAGACACGUCGCUGGACGAGCCGUUUGAAGAGAUCGUGGCCGAAACGAGCACCACGCACGACGACCCUCCGAGAGCGAAAUCCAAGGGCCGCCGAGGUAGCAAGGUCAAGGCCAAGUAA